GGAAGUUGUCAUCUGUGGGAAUGUAACAGUUUCCCCCCUCUUGUUCCUGUGUACCUUGCGUGGCAGUUACUGGGUUAGCGAUCCAUUUGUGGCUGUCAUACCUGGGUUUGCAGGGCAGUCUGCAGUCUGCAGUGGCAUCGGAGGCUGGUGGCAGUGCGUGGAAGGGUCCUCGUUAUCACGGACGGUUCUCGCCAAGCUAUUUUGUCCGCUGGACUGUUGGAGCACUGGCAGUAUCUGCUGCAUCUGCCAGGCACCGUGGACUCCCCCCACCCCCACCCCACCACCACUGUGUUUUACCCGAGACAGCGGAUCAGCAUUUUCACAUGGUCUGCGCUUUGGGAAAUGCAUGGAUUUUCAGCCUCGUUAUUUAAUUGCCGGAGCCGAUGGAUUGGCUAACUGUGUCAUGUCUCUGCCUGCCGAUGGUGAAGUGAAACAGUGCCUAGGUGCUGCUUGACAGGGCUCCUGUCCUCCCUAUCCUGUGCGGCUGUUGAUUUCCCUCCGCUUAUGUCAACUCUCAGUGCAUAUGGGAGACUUAUUACCGUAUGGCGUGCUAUUACCUUGUGAUCAGCUCAACGCAUCUCAGCAAUGGGCAUUUUAGAAGCAUUAAAGGAGUUUUUAGAGGUCCCCUGUGCAAGAAUGGGAGUGAAACACUGGAUGCCGGAAAGGAGAAGGCCAUAGCAAAAGCGCUUGAGGACCUGAAAGCCAAUUUCUACUGUGAACUGUGUGACAAGCAGUACCACAAACAUCAGGAAUUUGAUAAUCAUAUAAAUUCCUACGACCAUGCUCAUAAACAGAGGCUGAAAGAACUAAAGCAAAGAGAAUUUGCUCGCAAUGUAGCUUCGAGAUCAAGGAAAGAUGAAAAGAAACAGGAAAAGGCGCUCAAACGUCUUCACCAGCUUGCAGAGCUGCGGAAACAGUCGGAAUGUGCUCCAGGAAGUGGCCCCAUGUUCAGGCCGGCAACAGCAGCUAUUGGUAAUCAUCUGAAAGAAGCUGCUGGAGGAUCCAUUGCCAAAGGUAGAGAAAACGGAAGAAAGGGCAACACUCGAACCUCCUUCAUAAGAGACGAGGUACUGAGAAGAACUCAGGGAAAUAGUGUGCAAUGUCCUCCAUGUGGUAACCAGUGCAUCCAUGGUGACUCUCCGUCGCAGAUACAUGGGCGGUUAGGCUUAAAGCCCUUUAGUCACUUCACAAAGAAAAACAGCCCAUGCAUCCCCUUUCAGAAGGGGAGCGUCUCAUUUUCAUUUUACAAAAAGGCUCCACUGAAGUUGGAGUCAUCUGCUUCAGUUUUCAAUGACACCCUUGAAGAGAAGCAAUAUGAGCAAGAACCACAGAGCCAUAAAGUGAAAGCUACAGCUGAAGCAGAGAUCUCAGAGGGAAGUGCGGGGAUAGAUAACACUGCAGACACUGAAAAUAUUGACCGAACCAAACAGUCCCAGAUGUUCAGUGGCACUGGGAGCAAUCCAUUCGCAAGGGUUAAGAAGCUGAAGGCUCUUAUGUUAAAGGAAAACAAGGAUGAAGCAGAGAAAGAGUAUUAUUGCUAUAGUCCUACACAUUGCAAACGCAAGACCAAUGUACCCUUCUUGUUUCUUAUGAAAUCAUCGGAGAAGGCAGACUUGGACAAAGUGGUAGCUCAUAGUGAUAACAUUGGUGAGUCUCAGAUUGAUGGCUCUGAUGUGAAAUGUUCCACUGCCCCAGAAAUUGGGAAUGAAAAGGCCGGGAUUGCAGAUGCCAAGAAAAUGGUUGCAGCUCAUUUUAAUUCUCCUGCUCAUCAGCAGACAAACACACAAGAGGGAGGGAACACACUGGAUCAGUCUGUUUGCAGGAUGAAAGGCGAGGAGCCAUCAGGGUUGAAUGAAAAACUGACUGAGUCCAUAUUGCCUGAGAAAGGAAAGUUGAGCAGGGUGGAGCCACUAAUCAGGUCGCAUCUCAAGACUGAACCUUUUCUUCCAGUGCUAAGUAGAGAUGAAUCAACGAGACUUCAAUGGCCAUCCGAGCUUUUACUCUUCACACAGACAGAACCAAUCCUAUCAUACAGCUGCAACCCUUUAUAUUUUGAUUUUAAAUUGUCAAGAAAUAAAAACAGAGAGAGUGGUACCACAGAGUGGGAAGACAAUAAGGACUGUCAACAAAAUCCAGCCAUUACCAUCGAAGAAGAUAAUGGGUCAGGCACAACUACGGGGCGAAAGAGAAGUCUGGUAAAAGAACAAGGUCCGAACACGGGGAAAUCAGCAGGAUCACAUAUUUCAAAGAAAAGAAAGAAUCGCAACAGAUCCUGCAAAAAAUUGAAGCAGAAAUCAGACCCUGGCCAUGUGAGGAAGAAAAAGAAAAAACGUAAUGGGAGAAAAAACACAGAGGCAGAACCAAAGGAUAUUGAAGAAAUUUUGAAAGAAGGAAAUAAUUCGAAAUUGAUCCCAAAACGAUCGUCAGAAGCUGUGCACUGCAGUGCUGAUGAAGAAUUGGAACAAGUCAGCAGCAGUGUUAUCAAUAAGCAAUCAGUUCCUCCUUUCGAUUUAAUCAACAAAAAGCUGAAAGCACCAAGUGGUGGUCCUUUGAAUAUUUCCCAAGAAUCAUGUGAAGAUCAAAAAGCACACAAAUCCAAACAUGACAGCCUAAACUCCAUUGACAGUGACAGCGCUGAGGAACACCACAAUAAGUGCCGUAAAUCAUUUCCUCACUGUAGUUAUAAAGAUGAUUCACGAAGUAAUAGAAUUGCUUGUCGAAAAUCCAGAAGCUAUUCAUCUUCACCGGGUUCAUCAUUAAGGUCAUCCUCUGACACCUCAAGUGACCACAGUAGAACUAGUCACAGAAGUAGGCAUUAUUCUGAUAGAUCCAGUGAUUACAGCAACAGAAGCCGGUCUCAGUACUGUUCAAAAAGACAUCGUAGGUCACAUUACCAGUGUCAUUCCAGACAUAAAAAGAAAAAGCACAGCCAUUCAUCAAAUUCAUCAUUAUCUUCCGAUGAUGAUCAUUACCAUAGGACUAGAGGUGGCAGCCAGAGCAGAAAUCGAGGCAGCGCUCUAACUCGGACCCAGAUGAGCACAACAGGCCAAUUGCACAGCAGGAACAGGAAGUCCAGAAGUAGACAACUCCAUAGUCGGAGCAGAAGUAGAUAUAGGAGUAGGUCAAGGCAUGGGAGGAGCAGACAAGAUAGUAGCAGAGGUUCCAGUUUGAGAAGGUCCUGUUCCAGAAAUAAAGAAAACUGCAGGCAAGAAAUAUCUGACGAGAAGCUAUCAAAGUCUUUUUCAAAAGGCAGCGUUUAUCAUAUAAAAUCAUCACAUUGCAAUAGAGAUCAUCAUGAGGUACAAAGAGGUACAGGAAAGCUCCAUGGAACAAUAAAAAAUGAAGGCACACUGCAGAAUUACAGCCCCAUCUCCCCAAGUUUAUUUCAUAGAAACAUGAACAUUGGUUGUUCCAUUCUCCCAUUGAAGAAACUCAUUCAAGAUAAAAAGGAGUCCAGUAUAGCAAAGCACAUUUUGGAAAAUGGCCAAUGUGAGGACAAUGACGCGAAAUCAGUUAUCACUGAAUCAGCUUCAAGUACGAUGGGCCUGAAGUUGAAGGAUUCUCCACAAGGCUACUUUGGUCCCCAGCUUCCUAUCUCUAUGGAUAAUGUGACUUUAUGGUCCUUAAUUGGGAAGUUAAGUGCACCAAAAAAAGUAGGUGCAAAGAAAGAUGAUAUCAGCAAAGAGGCUGAGCCUGAACACUCGGAAUGGAGUGGGAAUGAAUCUCCAUCCACUAGCUCCCACGAGGAGAGCCUUCUCAAAGAGGUGAAUGAGACUAAAAUGGACAUUGAACAAAGUUCAUUGUGCAAUCCAAUAGAAGCUGCAGAAGAAGAAAAGAUUGGCCUUACGAUAUACCAAGUACAGGCUGCUAAAGAAAGUGUUACUCCAGAUCCUGAAGAAAUGUCCAAUGUCGUUUCUUCCACUGCAGAUGUUUUUACAGAUGGCUCAACAGCAGUCAAAGAGAAGAAUCCCAGAAUGACAUUUUACGAUUCUAGUGAUAUAAGUUCAGUUCCAUUGGGAGAGAUAAUGUUUGAUUAUUAUGGCACCAACUCACAGAGUGUUGACGAAAUGGAUCCUCAUUUCAAGGAGAGUUCUAAAUCAAUCUCACCCCCUCUGGCAAGUCAACCUAUAAUCUUCUUACCUGAAGAAGUGGAAAAAUACAGCAAGUUGCAGUUGCAGGCACAGCAACAUAUCCAGCAGCAGCUCCUCGCUAAACAAGUCAAGACUUUCCCUCCAUCCGCCGCAGCAGUUACUUUCACUCCAGUGCCAGCAUUUCAACCCAUUUCCCUUCACCAGCCUUCUGCUUCCACAGCUUCCUCAGUCACCACUGUUCAUCACACUCUGCUCCAGCACCAUGCUGCUGCCUCACUCACAGCGGCCCUCCACCCUAGCGCCCACCACCAAGCAAUGGCACAGCUUCACCACAUCGCCCAGCCGCACAUUACACCCUUCUCUUUCUCCCCCAUCGCUCAAGCCAUUUUUCCUGCUCACCCCGCCGCCUUCCUGGCCAGCCAUCCGCUGCACUUCAUCCCAGCUGCAACCAUCCACCCAGCCCACCUGGCACUUCACCCGCUGCCCCACACCGCGCUCUGCCCAACACUCUUUGCCCCUCACCCAGCCGCAGCAAUGGCUGCUGCCUCGGCCAUCCAUCUCCACCCUUUGCUGCAUCCCUUGUUCCCAGGGCACGACCUGCAACAUCGUUCUGGUCCAAGCACUUGAAACAAACAACUGAAAAUAAAAUUGCAGCAAUUAAAAUGCUAAGACAUUCAUUCCCGGUGGCAACCGUGUGCACAUUGGACUGCUGAAAAGAACAUACUAUGAAUGUCAACAUUUUCCAUCAAUCUUUCUAAUCUGAAGUAUCCUACGUGGGUUCUUGUUGAAGUUUAGCUUUCUAUGAAUAAAAUUAUUAGAUGCUGAGACUCAAUGCUCUGUGCAUUAGAAUAGAUUUCCAUGUCGUAGAUUCCACCUGCCUUUGUACUAACAAUAAGUAAGUGAAGGUGUCAUGGUGUUUUCCAGGUGUUCUCCUCCAAUAUACCCUUAGGAUAGAACAUGUUUUUGUUCGAACCCUGGAUUCGGAAAUCCAUUUUCUUCAUUUUAAAUCCUAUCAGCAAGGUUAAAAUAUGUAUUUUUAUCACAAUUACCACUUGUUUUUAGAUAUACUAUCCUUUAGUUAAAUUGAAUGUAUCACAUUGUAAUUUUGCUGUUCAUAGUUCAUUAGGCUUUAGGUUAAUCUGGGAAAAAAUUCUUUAAAGCAUUUGUAGUAUGCAGAGUACGGUGUAUGUGGAUAGAAUUGCAGUGGAUGCUGUACAUCCAGUGCUGUUGUUUAGGUUUUUUCCAUGUAAGAUGGAAUUAUUGUACGUAUAAUGCAAUAAUAUUUUUCCAUAAUAAAUUUGGUUCUAUCAAUGAAUGAUAAUGUAUAUAACAUAGUUCCUUAUGUAAAUAAAGUCAAUACAAUAAAACUAUACUUUAGAAGUAAAAUUCUGUACAAUAAUCUCCCAACAAGAAAUAUUAUCUUUUUAUUAUAUGUAUUGUAUAUUGGUCUUGAAAUUUGUUAGGAUUUACAUACAAGUGUCUGUAUAAUACACUGUCCUGAAGAAAAAUAAUUGUUCUAUGGCAGAAAUUGGAAAUAAAUUGUGGCAGACCUGAUGA